CUACAAUAAUUUUUCACAUCUAAAAAAAAAAAAAAUAAAGGUACAAAAAUUAAUUUUUGAAAUAUCGUAAUCAAAAACUACCAGUUGGAUCUUAAGUGUAUGGAAAAUGUAUAGAGUGACUAGUAGGAUACGCUAUAUGUAUCCCAACCUUGUUAUCAAAUCACAGACCAGAUCUAUCAUCAUUAAUGCUGAUUUGAGGCAAAAAUUAGCUACUUCACCAACGCAUCCAGUUAUAGUUAUAGGUGGUGGUCAUGCUGGAUGUGAAGCUGCUACUGGUUCUGCCAGAUCCGGAACUUCAACCACGUUAAUCACACCACAUAUAGAUAAAAUAGGAACUGCUUCAUGUAAUCCAUCUAUGGGUGGAGUGGGUAAAGGUACUUUACUUCGAGAAGUUGAUGCAUUGGAUGGUGUUGCAGCAAGAGUAACAGAUAAAGCUGGAAUUCAUUUUAAAAUCUUGAAUGCUUCAAAGGGAGCUGCUGUACAUGGUCCUAGAGCUCAAAUUGACAGAAAUAUAUACUUGGAAGAAAUGCAAAAGGAAAUCCUUAACUAUCCAAAUCUUCAAGUUAUGGAAGCAAAAGUUGACGAUAUUAUCAUUGAACCUACAGUAAACGAUAAUGAAGAUGCAACAGGAAGAAAAUAUGGAACUGUCAAGGGUUUAAUAUUAAGUGAUGGAAGAGUAUUGAACUGUUCUAAAGUUGUUGUUACUACAGGAACAUUUUUAGGUGGUGAAAUACACAUUGGUUUAACUGCAUAUCCAUCAGGUCGUAUAGGAGAAGAAGCAACUUUUGGAUUAUCAGAUACAUUCAGAGAUGCAGGUUUCCGUUUAGGACGUUUAAAAACAGGAACUCCAUGUCGUCUUUCGUCGAAAACCAUAGAUUAUAAGGGUCUCAUGGUACAACCAUCAGAUUAUCCACCACAACCAAUGUCAUUUAUGAAUGAUUCAGUAGAGUUACAAGAACAACUUGUACAUUGUCAUCAAACCUAUACCACUCCAGAAUUCCAUAAAAUUAUUGCUGAUAAUCUUGAUAAAUCAAUUCAUAUAAGAGAAACUGUUAAAGGGCCAAGAUAUUGUCCUUCUAUAGAAUCAAAGAUCAUUAAAUUUCCUCAAAAGACAAGUCAUAUGGUAUGGUUAGAACCAGAAGGUUUAGAUACUGAUUUAGUUUAUCCGAAUGGUAUAUCAUGCACCAUGCCUGAAGAUAUUCAAGAAAGGAUUGUUAAACUUAUGCCAGGUUGUGAAAAUGUAAAGAUGAUACAACCAGGUUAUGGUGUGGAGUAUGAUUACGUUGACCCAAGAGAAUUAAGUAAUACCCUUGAAACUAAAUUGGUUCAAGGUUUAUAUUUAGCAGGCCAAAUAAAUGGUACUACAGGUUAUGAAGAAGCUGCAGCACAAGGUUGUUUGGCUGGAAUAAAUGCAGGUUUAUCAUAUUUGGAAAAGCCAGCUUUACAAAUCACAAGAUCGGAUGGAUUCAUAGGUGUAUUGGUUGAUGAUUUAAUCACCAAGGGAGUGGAAGAACCAUAUAGAAUGUUCACAUCGCGUUCUGAAUUCCGUGUCUCUCUUCGUUCCGAUAAUGCUGAUAGAAGGUUAACAGAAAAGGGAUACGAAGCAGGUGUAGUUGGUGAAAAGAGGUAUAGAGCUUAUACUUGCGAGAUGACACAAUACAACAAUAUUAAGGACUUCUUAAGUGAGUUGAGUCUUUCUGGUGCUAAUUGGGCUCCAGCAUUAAAAGGAUUACAAUCCGAUGUGAGCAGAGAAACUUUUGUUAAUGGUUGGAAAUUACUUUCUUACAAGGGAAUGCUGAUUUCUGAUUUAUUGCCUCAUAUGAAUUCGUUUCUUAAAGGUGAAACUGUACCAGAAUAUUUCCAAAAUAUAAGUAACAGGUUAAUCAACAGAAUUGAUGUGGAAAGUGAUUAUGCUCCUUGGUUGUCCAAGGAAAAGGCUCAUGUUCAUGCUUAUAAUGCGGAUGAGAACUUGUUAUUACCACCUAAUUAUAUCUAUUCUUAUGAAGGUUCGUUAAAGAUCUCACAUGAAGUAUGUACUUUAUUAAAUACUAUCCAGCCAAAGACCAUUGGUCAAGCCAGAAGAAUUCAAGGUGUCACUCCAGCCGCAAUCUUUGAGUUAUUCAAAUUGGUUAAGGGUAAUCAAGCUCAAUUUGCCAAAGAGAGAAGUGAAUUGACUGCUUAGAAUUCCAUCAAAAUCGCAAAUAAAAACUAUUCAAACAUUGUACAUAGAAUAUUUAUUUAAAAUAAUAC